CGUCAGAACAGGGACCAUGGCAACCACAUGGACCUUGCACCACUGAGAUUAUAAACAAUAUUUUUAGCAUAGCCGAUAUGAUUUUGAAAAAUGUGGCAUCUUGAAAGUUAAUUGUCCCUAAUAUGAAUACAUGAAUCACUAGGCAAGACCAUCAAGACCACUUGUGCCCCUGCAAAGACCAACAAAAAUCACUAGCAGCAACCAGCAAGAGAGAGCUCCUGAAGGCCUAUGAGACAAUAAAUGCAAGGAAGCUCAACAAGCUGCUUGCCUGAAUUUACGGGUGGAAGAUCAAUUUUCUUUGCUGGACUGUGCUCUGACAAAGUAGUUAUAAUGAUAUAUUUACAACAUUCAGCUCUAAACUGUGAUGUUAUAUUACUGACUUUCAUUAGUCAAGAAUGAAACGGAAGAUUAACCAAGCUUCUGCCUCAAGGAAGAAAGCAAAGGCAAGCCGUGAACAAGAUCAAGUACUGAAAACAGAUGUCUUUGCAGGGUUAAAAUGCUUUAUUCACCCUGCAAACUUUGGUGUAGGUAGACUCAAUAUAUUUCAGAAACUGGUGAAGAACAAUGGUGGAGAGCUGUAUGAUUCAUUGCCAUUGGCUUGUGAAAGGGUUACUCAUGUUAUCUUUGAGGAGUCUUUGGAUGCUGACAAGAUCCAAAAGUUGAUUGAUUCAUCACAGUAUCAAAAUGCCAUUUUUGUAAGAUGUUCUUGGUUAAGUGCUUGCUCUAAAUCCAAAACUAAGAUUGAGACCAAAGAUUUUGAAAUCAAACUGUCAUCAGAGUGUUCAAAGGAUAAGAAGAAUAUAUCCUUUUCAUCUGAACAGCCAAAAGUAAACAGCCAGAGUACAAAUGUGCUGCAGAAUGCAGCUUAUGAGGAUUCCAUAUCAGGAAGGAAAAGAACCAAAGACACUUUAGUUACAACCACCAAACAGUCCAGAGAACAGGAUGAAAAUUUGCUUUCUAGUGAUAGAGAAGGGCCAUUACUAGAGAGCUCCACAAGAUGUGAUACCAAAGAUAUUAGUUCCUCUGUUAAAGAUCAUCUUCAGAAUGAUACAGAUGCAAAGAAUGCAAGUAGAGAAGAAGGUAAUACUUCAGAAGAAAAUAUUACAAGGAAAGGGAGCUUCAAAAAAAAAAAGUUCUUUCCCAAAGAACUAAAGGAGAAAUUUGCAUGUGCAAGGCCCUCUAGCAGUCAAGUCAAAGAUUUGAAUUACCACAUUACUGCAGAGCUUGAGAAGUUAGCUGCAGCCUACAAAAGUAAAAAAGACACAUGGAGAGCCCUUGGAUAUCAGAAAGCUAUUUCUGCCAUUCGUAACUACCCAAGGCCUAUUACAUCCAGAGAGGAGGCCCUCAGUAUCCGUGGCGUAGGAGGACGCUUAGCAGACAAAGUUGCAGAGAUUAUAGAAAAUGGUAAACUAAGGAAAGUAGCUGAAGUGUGUGAGGAUGAUGAAACUCAAACACUACAGCUCUUCAUGGGUGUCUGGGGAGCUGGACCAACCACUGCACAUGGCUGGUACAUUCAGGGAUACAGAACACUGGAAGAUCUACAAGAAAAAGGGAAUUUGACUAGAUAUCAGCAAAUUGGUCUGAAGUAUUAUGAUGAUAUAAAUAGCCGCAUCCCUCGUGAAGAAGUUACAGAAAUUGAAAAAUACGUCCGGUCUGCUGCACUUAGUAUUAAAAAAGGGCUUAUUGUUAUGGUAUGUGGCUCAUACAGACGUGGCAGAGCAACUUGUGGAGAUGUUGAUGUGCUGGUGACUCACCCUGAUGGCCAGUCUCAUGAAAUGGUUUUCCAACCACUCUUGAAUAAGUUGAGGGAAACAGGUUUUUUAACUGAUGACCUUGUUACUCAAGAAGACAAUGGCAACCAGAAGAAAUAUCUUGGUGUAUGCAAAUUACUAGGAGAAGAUAGAAAGCACAGAAGAUUGGACGUGAUUGUGGUCCCAUACAGUGAAUUUGCUCCAGCUUCAAUGUAUUUUACUGGUUCUGCUCAUUUUAAUAGAUCUAUGAGGUUGCUGGCCAUCAAAAUGGGAAUGAGUCUCUCUGAGCAUGGUCUUCGGACUGGGAUCAUAAGACAGAAAGGAGAGAAACUGACAAAAGGGCAAUUACUUCACACACCCACAGAGGAGUCUAUCUUCAAGCAUCUAGGUCUGGAUUAUCGUUCACCUGAGGAGAGAGAUCAUUGACCUCAUCAUAUUCUGGACACAGAAACACUGACACUGUCUGCAUUCAUUAUGUAUCUUUGUAAUUAAUUACAUAACUUGAUUUUGACACAGUUAGUAAUAGCAGUUAAGAUUGAAAUGCAUUUUUAGAGGCUGAUUUGAAAGAUAAAAGGAUGAGAGUCAAAAUCCCAACUCUGUUUCUCCUAGCUGGUAGUGGCCGUAUAUGGUCUUUUAGAUAUAGAGAUUUAGUGUUGUGUUGUGCGACAUUUUCUGGCUUUUAAUAAUUCAGACCAAAUUGUGGAACCAGACAGAUGCUUUAUUGCUUUUUAAGUAUAAACUUGGUUUUUUAAAUUUAUUUAACUCCAUGAAAAGGAGAAUAUGGUCUAUAAAUAUAGAAAUACCUGUAUAAUAUUUACAGAUUUUUAACUUAAUCUUAACAUUUUUAACUUAAUCUUAACCUCCCUAUCCCGCAUACCGUAUACAUUUGUCAGGUGAUUUUGGAUAUCAGAUAGUUGUGGAACAGCUGCUUCUAUUUGGUAAAUAGUUGUAUUCAUAUUGUAAGUCAGUAUUGAUGCAGUGUUUAUAUUGAUUUUUAAAUAUGUAUUUGUAUAUUUUGGAAUCUUUUUUUGAGGUUUAAUUUUAGAUCCUUUAAUGAAUUUUAUUUAUCAUUACUUUUGAGGUAAUACCUUCUCGCUUUUAAUAGGGAUUGGACAAUUACUAGAAAGUGAUAAUACAGAAAUAAUUAUAUACAAAUGGAUGUCCUUUUGUGGCUACUGUCGUGACACUUCCUAUAAGUAAUGCACUGUACACUGCUCAUUUUCCAUGUGAAAUGCCCUUCCAUGAUCAGUAUCUACAUAUACAUUGUAUUUAUGGUACUCUUUGAACCUGUAGUAUGUGAUAUUUGAAAGUAUUAAAUAUAUUUUCAAAAUAUUGGUAUAAAA